GUGUGUGUGGCAUCACAAGGGGUUGGGGAAAUUCAUUAGUCUAUUGCUUGUACUAAUAUAAAUGUGAGUAAUUAACAAAUUGCCCAAGAGAAUCUUUCUGUGUGUUUGCCGGUGGUUAAGUUCGUGCGAUCAGAACUGGUCUGCGACGAGAAAAACCUCACAUGCAUAGGGCUGUAGCUUUUUGUUUGUAUGAACAAAUCCACUUUUUGAGAUUUGAAGGCAAAAGGGCAUUGUUCUAAUGUUCUUAAGGUGAUAAUGAUAAGGGUUACUUUGUUUGCUCUAUUAGCUACCCUUGCUUUGGCCUUUGCUAAAGUAAGUACCUCCCUUUCUUCUCCCAAAACUGUUUUUAGUAUCUAAUCAUUAACCUUCAUCUUCCGUGCUUUCCCAAAACUGUUCUUAGCAUCAUCUAAUCAUUAACCUUCAUCUUAUUCUAAAAAUAAAAAAAUUCUUAUACAUCCCCCCCUCUGUCUCUCCUCGUCUCUGCUUUCUCUCCUCUUGAACAAAGUGGUGUCUCCCUUGAGAGCUACACUUGCACUUUUCCACUUGAAAAAAAAUUUCAACUUUUUCCAACAAGUGACAAUAAAAACAAUGGCCCUAGAGGCCGUGGUUUUCCCACAAGAUCCAUUCACUUACGGUUGCAACAACAAAGACUUCUUGUACUCGUUAGUAGGAGGUGAUGGUGGUGGUGGAGGAGGAAGCCACGAGUACGGUUUCCAAGCAUCAUCAGAAGACAAACCCCAUGUGGGAAUCAUUAUCAACAACAACAACAUAGACCACACCCUGCAUGCAAAUUGGGAUUCAUCUUCUCCUUCGGUGUUGCAAAGUGUCAAAGAACAAUGGGAUUCACACUCCUCCCCUGAAGCUUGCACUGUUGAUCAAUCCCUCCCCAGAGCCUUCCCUCUUCCUCCUUCUUCUUCAUCCCCCGAAGCCGCCGCCACCGGCCGCCGCAAACGACGUCGUACCAAGAGCGCUAAGAACAAGGAGGAGAUCGAGAACCAGAGGAUGACCCACAUUGCAGUUGAGCGCAAUAGAAGGAAGCAGAUGAACGAGUACCUUGCCGUGCUUAGAUCCUUGAUGCCUCCUUCUUAUGUACAAAGGGGUGAUCAAGCCUCUAUUAUUGGUGGCACCAUUAACUUCGUGAAGGAGCUGGAGCAGCUUCUGCAGUGCAUGAAGGGCCAGAAGAAGAGAACAAAGGAGGGUAGUGGCUUCUCUGACUCAUCACCCUUUUCUGAGUUCUUCAUGUUCCCCCAGUACUCGACACGUGCCACACAGAGCAGCAGCAGCAGCAGCAGCAAAGGCUACCCUGGCACGUGCGAGGCCAAUAACAACAUGGCACGGAACCCUUCAUCAUGGGCCGUGGCGGACAUAGAAGUGACCUUGGUGGAUGGCCAUGCCAACAUGAAGAUACUCUGCAAGAAACGACCAGGGAUGCUUUUGAAGAUGGUUGUUGGUCUUUUAAGUCUUGGUCUCAGCAUUCUCCACCUUAAUGUUACCACUGUUGACGAUAUGGUCCUUACCUCAGUUAGUGUUAAGGUAGAGGAAGGGUGUCAGCUGAACACGGUGGAUGAAAUUGCAGCUGCUGUGCAUCAAUUAUCACGCACGGUUCAGGAGGAAGCUGUGUUCAGCUGAUCAUUAAACUUUGAAAUACUAAAAGGCUAGGUAUUGCACCAUCUUUUAUCAAUAAUUGUGCAAAACAGCUUUGAUACCCUUGUUGAAAUGCGUUCAAGUUUGUAGGGUGUGGCCCGUGAAGGCAUAUAGAACAACAAGGGAUAGGCAUGUACAUGCAUCAGUGAUCUCAAACGAGAUAUAUAAAUGUUCCAUUUCAAUAAGCUAGGAGAUGCCAAUUAAAGUAUAUAGGUUUACUCUUUUCUCAUUUUAUAUUUUUUUUCCUCUUUUAUGCUUUUCCUCAAUUUAUAACCCGAGAGGGAAAAAAGGUGUGUUGGAAGCGACAACCAAUUUAUGUUGUGGAGGCCCCCCCUUACUGAACUGUGUAUCCACUUGUGAAUUAUUAGCGUUAUUUUCCAAAGCAUGGAGCUUUGUUAAUUUCUUUGGAAUGUCUGUGGACCUCUUACAAUUAUUUUCUCCUGUAGAAAGAUUUCUAUACAUUAAACAAUUUCAUCA